AUGUCACAGCAGGAGCAAAUGGACGAGGUGCGCGACGGGAUUCACCAUGCCUGGAAGGGGGCGAUGCGCGGGGCGAAGAAGGGGUUCAAGAUGACGAAGAGUGUGCUGCGCAGCAUCCCCGUCGACCGGCUACGCGUGCCGGGCGCCAGUGGCAUGACGGCGAGCAAAAGCAGCGCAUUGCGGCGCCUUUUCCAGCUUCGGUACGGCGCACAGAUUAACAAUGAGCACGGCGAGCGUGUCGCGGCAGCGGAGGUAAGUGAUGUGGAGUCUGAGGAAGUGGAAGCCCUGACCGACGAGCAGGUGCACGAGCGUGUCGAUAAGAAGUACUUUGACAAGUCGUACGAAGCGAUGAAGUAUGAGAUCACACACAUGGAUGUAGCUGAAGGCGGAAGCGAUGAGGCACAGCAGCGGCAGGCGACGGAGACUGCUAUUCGUGAGCUGCGGCAGAAGUGUGAUGUUGUGAGUGCAACGCUAAAGAAGCGUGUCUUGGCGAACAGCAAGGGGUUCGUCAACGGGGUGGAGGAGAUUCGGCUCAUCAACGACGAGCUAUUGGCGACGUCAAGCGACUGCAAGAAGGGGCGUAAUUACAUCCGCAAGGCAAAGAGUGGUGCAGCGGAGCAGAUGAAGAUAUUAGUUUACCACCGUAAGCGCGGCAACUGCAAGGCGACGCUCGGGGUGCUUGAUGCGAUGCGGCAACUCUGCUGGAAGCGCACCCAGCUACUGACUCUCAUAGAGGGUGGUAAGCUCCUCGAGGCAGCAGAACUGUUGCGCCAGCAUGCAGAUAUAGAACAGGAGGAGUGUAUCAAGAAGCUGCACUGCAUGUGUCAAGUCAUUGACGAGUGGAAAGAUUACCGCGACAAUGGUAAGGCACUUCAACGCUGCCAAGAUGCUGCGCUGACAGAGUGUCUGACUGCGAAGUUUAUCCCAUCGAAGUACCGCAAUGCGUUUGAGGCCUCACGUGCCUUGGGCACCGUCGAUCACACCUGCAGACUCAUCGCGCAGACGUUGUGGGAGUCGGUGGUCUAUAUCCUCACCAAGUCUCUCACAGAGGUGUCAGACGUCAAAGCGGAAGACGCGUCUAUUGCUGAUAUCGCCGCGGCGAUCCACCCCGAUCACUUAAUGCUCUGUUUGUGCCAGAUGUGCACCAAGAUGAUGGACUUUUUCUACCUCUUUGUCACUGUGCGGAAGAUGCACGCCGACGACAGUCGUUCGAGUCACCCACUCACGACGCUCCAUGCUGCGGCCCUGCAAGAGAUCACAGUGGUGGGGCGGAAACUCGGGCAAGACUUGGUCGAAAAGAUCGCCCUCGUACUGGAGAAGUCACGGUUCGACACCGUUGAUGUGGAACGGGUCUUGCAUAUUUUCUUCGUUGUGAGUAUGCUUAUCGAAGCUACUUCGGCAUUGGGGUUGGAGAAGAUGGAGCAGGCCGCUGCACGAACACAGGUAAAGGCGUCGCUGGUGCAGUACAUCACGCGGCAGUUCCAGGAGCCCAAGGCGAUUCAAUUGCUGCAGUUUAUGGCAGACGACACAUGGGUUGUCGGCGAUGUUGACGCGUUACAGCUGAACGUUGUGGUCCCACUCCAUCCUGAAACGUACCGCCACGCAGUAAAGGAGGUGAAGGCAUACCUCACCGACGCCUCCAUCGAAACGCCUGGCACUCACGAGAACCCCUUCUACGCCGCACACAUGUUGAUGCCGCAGGACACGGCACAUUUGGUGCACACAGAACCGUUCCGCGAGGAAGCCGCACGCCGUGGGGUGCACGCUACACCGUCCCUCUUGACGUCGUCAUCUGUGUCGGUGGCGAAUGUGCUGCUGGAGUAUGUUGCCCGAAUUGUGGCGCGCUUUGCCCCACUCGCAGCGGAGACGCUCGGUUGGGCGGAGGAUUUUGUCAGCCUAUACGUCUACACCGUAGCCGACAAUUUUGUCUCCAUAUCGCGUGCAGUGCGUCUCGAGCACCAAGCCGACCUGAGCGAGGCGACACAGGCGGUUCUAGCGGAGAUGCAUGUGGCGGCGGAGAGGGCGGCGCGGCAGCAAAUCGCCGAUACCCACAGCGCUACAGCAGAUAACGACGCCCCCGCGAGCUUUCCCCCACGUGUGUGGGGCCGCAUUCGUGGCAUCAUAGCAAGUCAGGCGCACCAGUACGCUGUCGUGAACCGUGCAGUGGCGGCGCAGUCGUGUGUGACGCUCGUGUACAUUUUGGAGGCGACAGUCCGCUCGGUGGCCCCACUGCUGCCACCUGCAACGGUCGAGCAGCGCCUGAGACGCUGUGACGGCAUGAAGGCAGCUACUGAGGAACUGCUGCACGUUGGCCUCCACCGUCUUUGUCUGGCUAUAUUCCCAAUGGAAAGCGUCUGUCAGAGCAUUAGUAAAUUGCGCGGCAACGAGAAGGAGGUGCAGGCAAGUCCGUAUGUGCAACAACUUGUGGAUGAAAUGGUCGCACUCAAUAAAAAGCGUUAUGUUAUGCCGACGCCGGAGCUAGAGCGACUUUUUGUGCAGCGUUUUAUCUUCGCCGUUCAGGUGGCAUUGCUGAAGGAGUACUGCAAACUCGCCAAGAAGAAGCUUACUGAUGCCCUCAUCAUGCAGAUAUCUGUGGAUGUGCAAAGCCUCCAGCAGCAGGUGGGGGCAAAGUUUGGGAAGUCGUUGCUCGUCCUGCCGGACUAUCUUCUUAGUGUCAUCAAGGCCGGCUUCAUUGAGGGCAGAGAGGAGCGCUUGGAGUGGGUGAAGGCGCACCACGCCGCCUACUGCGCUGUUGACCUAGUGCAGUGGUUCUCCGCCGGUGAUCGCACCGUGAGGGUGCAGCUGGAGGAUCUGCUGGAGCGGGCGAGGCACAGAGACGUGAUACCUGUCUCGGCAUUCCGCUAG